ACCCUAUGCUUAUAGAUUUAGGAAAAGAUUACUUAUUCCUGGUGCUGGCACAAAUGACAUAAUCAAUACUUAUAUAUCAACCGUUAAAUGUUUGAGAUUACUGGAUCCUUCUGGUGUGCUAUUAGAAAAAAUUACGGGACCGAUUCGGAAUUACUUGCG